AAAAAAAUGGUUUCAUGGGUUGCCAUCUCCCUUCUCCUUUCUGAAAGAUGGGCACAGUCAGCACUGCUGUGAGGGUGAAGGUGUGAGGAAGCUUUCUCAGCUGAGGACUUGUUGAGGGGUAGGAGGAGAAGCCACCCGGGUGGAGAUAAAAAUGUCAUUUUGUACCCCUUUUAAAAAGCACUCAUUGGGCCUUUUGCUCAUGACCCACUGAGCCGUCAAAAAAGGGCAAAGUAAAAACACUGCUUUGGGGUGAAGUGGCAGCAGUUGUGUUGUUUUGCUUCAAUCAGUGGUGUGACAAAGUAAAAAAACACACAACUAUCUAUCAUAAUAAAAGUGUAAUAUGCAAAUUGACCGAGCUACCGAACAGUAGAAGGACGUCCUGACGACCUUCUGGACAACCACGCUAUGACACGCACUGGCGCCAGGCCAGCCAAGCACUCCCAACGGGAACAGUCUCAGUGCCGCGGAGCUCACCUGUGGGAUGAUCAUGUGUCUGGCCAGGCAGAUUCCCCAGGCGACGGCUUCGAUGAAGAAUGGCAAAUGGGACCGAAAGAAGUUCAUGGGCACCGAGUUGAAUGGGAAGACCCUGGGAAUUCUUGGCCUGGGGAGGAUCGGGAGAGAGGUGGCCGUCCGGAUGCAGUCCUUCGGGAUGAAGACUGUAGGGUACGACCCCAUCAUCUCACCAGAGGUCUCGGCCUCCUUCGGCGUUCAGCAGCUGGCCCUGGAGGAGAUCUGGCCCCUCUGUGACUUCAUCACUGUGCACACCCCUCUCCUGCCCUCCACGACAGGCCUGCUGAACGACAGCACCUUCGCCCUGUGCAAGAAGGGCGUGCGCGUGGUGAACUGCGCCCGCGGAGGGAUCGUGGACGAGGGCGCCCUGCUCCGGGCCCUGCAGUCGGGGCAGUGCGCGGGCGCAGCGCUGGACGUGUUCACGGAGGAGCCGCCGCGGGACCGCGCCUUGGUGGACCACGAGAACGUCAUCAGCUGCCCCCACCUGGGCGCAAGCACCAAGGAGGCCCAGAGCCGCUGCGGGGAGGAGAUCGCUGUCCAGUUCGUGGACAUGGUGAAGGGGAGAGCCCUCGCCGGGGUCGUGAAUGCCCAGGCCCUUACCAGCGCCUUCUCUCCGCACACCAAACCUUGGCUCGGUCUGGCCGAAGCUCUGGGGACUCUGAUGCGAGCCUGGGCGGGGUCCCCCAAAGGGACCAUCCAGGUGGUAACGCAGGGCCUGUCCCUGAAGAACGCCGGGAACUGCCUGAGCCCCGCAGUCAUCGUCGGCCUCCUCAGAGACGCUUCCAACCACGCGGACGUGAACCUGGUGAACGCCAAGCUGCUGGUGAAGGAGGCCGGCCUCAAUGUAACCUCCUCCCAUAACCCCGCUGUGCCAGGAGAGCAAGGAUGCGGAGAAGGCCUCCUGAGCGUGGCCCUGGCAGGUGCCCCCUACGAGGCUGUGGGCUUUGUCCAGGGCACCACACCUGUGCUGCAGGCACUCAACGGAGCUGCCUUCAGACCAGAAGUGCCUCUCCGCAGAGGUCUGCCCCUGCUCCUGUUCCGGGCUCAGCCCUCCAACCCUGCCAUGCUGCCUACCAUGAUUGCUCUCCGAUCCAGAUGCCAUCAACCUCCAUUGCAGCAGCCAUCACAGCAGCCCAAGACUCCCGCCCCUCGCGUCUCCUUUCCCAUACUCCGGGCCAACCAAGGGUUUCUUCUUCCCAGGGCUCCUGGCGGAGGCAGGCGUGCAGCUGCUGUCCUACCAGACCUCGGUGGUGUCCGACGGGGAGACCUGGCACGUCAUGGGCAUCUCCUCCCUGCUGCCCAGCCUGGACGCCUGGAAGCAGCAUGUGACGGAGGCCUUUCAGUUCCAUUUCUGACCUUGGGGCUCACCGGGACCAGCCUUGGGGGCUUUUGAUCCACACUGAGAGGUCACAUUCCCGGGGCUGACACCACUUAUGUGGUCUGACCCCUGUAAUAACCACCUAAUAAACAGCGCCCCACCCCCACCCC